AUGGCAAAAUUACAAGUUAAUAAACCAGAGCAACAACAAUUUAAACUUGUACCAAAAAUAAUAAAUGGAGGUAUUGCUGGAGUUAUUGGAGUAUCGGUGGUAUUUCCAUUAGAUUUAGUUAAAACGAGGCUGCAAAAUCAAGUGAUUGGUCCUAAUGGACAAAAAAUGUAUUCUUCAAUGCUGGAUUGUUUUAAAAAAACUUAUCACGCCGAAGGAUACUUUGGAAUGUAUAAAGGAUCAGGCGUUAAUAUUCUUCUUAUAACUCCUGAAAAAGCCAUCAAGUUAACAGCUAAUGAUACAUUCAGACACCUUUUAUCAACUGGACCUGGAGAACCAUUGCCAUUGGUACGUGAAAUGAUUGCUGGGGGAUCUGCUGGUGCUUGUCAAAUAGUAAUAACAACUCCGAUGGAAUUAUUAAAAAUUCAAAUGCAAGAUGCUGGUCGAGUUGCCGCUGCUGCUAAGAGUGAGGGGAAAACAGUCCUUAAACAAUCAGGGCUGUCAUUAGCAAAAAGUAUUUUCAAGAAAAAAGGUAUUUUAGGAUUUUAUCAAGGAACAGGUGCUACUGCAUUGAGAGAUGUCACAUUUUCAGUUAUUUACUUUCCACUUUUUGCUCGUUUAAAUAAUCUUGGACCUAAACGAGAAGACGGCUCAUCUGUAUUCUGGUGCUCAUUUUUGUCUGGGUGUGCUGCUGGUUCAGCCGCUGCAUUAACAGUUAAUCCAUUUGAUGUUAUUAAAACUCGAUUGCAAGCUAUCAAUAAAGCUCCCGGUGAGCCAACUUACAAUGGAGUUUUAGAUUGCAUAGGAAAAACUUUGAAAAAUGAAGGCCCAACUGCAUUUUUCAAAGGUGGUGCUUGUAGGAUGAUUGUGAUUGCUCCAUUGUUUGGAAUUGCACAAACAGUUUACUAUCUCGGUGUUGCUGAACGUCUUCUGGGUUUUAAUUAG